AUGUCUUCAGUGAUCGAUAGUGAUACACUUGGAGCAGAAAAAAUGGGUCCAGGUUCUGCAAAACAAGGUCUUGGUUCUCGAGCUACAUCAAAAGUAACAUUUCGUGAUGGAGAAGGAAAAUCAAAAACUCAAUCAUCAGCUCAUCCAAGUGAAGGUGAACAUCGUUCAUCAAGUGUACCACCAAAUCUUCAACUUCAAUAUCAACAACAACAAUUUGGUGAUUUAAAAAAAAAAGAUACUUUAAAUCCAUUUAAAUUUUCACCUGAUGUGGAUUUUUGUGCAUUAAGUCAACUUGAUAAACAUGAAAAAGCACAAGAACGUGAACGUAUGCAAACUCUUAAAGUACAUGAAAAAUUAUCUAAAGCUCAACGUCUUAUGAAAGGAAGACGUUUUCGUGUAUUAAAAGAAAUUGAUGAUGAAAUUGAACAAGAACGUGCACAAAAUAAAGAAAAUCGUGUUGCAUCAAUGCGUGAUAAUGCACCAUGGCUUGUUGCUAUUACACGUAAUCGUCGUGUUGAAAAUGAAAGUUUACAAGAUUUUAUUGGAAAAAAACGUAAUAUGUUUGUUUUACAAUAUGAAUUAACAGUUAAACGUACUGAAAUGCGUAAACUUGAAGAGAUAACGGCUGCUGAAGAACAACGAAUUGAAAAAGCAGAAAAAGAUUUAGAAGAAGAUGCACAUAUGUUUGAUCAAUUUCUAGCAGCAAAUAAUAAAAAUGCUAAUGAAGCAGCUCGUUUAGCUGAUGAAGAAGCACGUAAAAAAUUAGAAAAAGUUGCAGAAAUAAAACGUUUACAUGGACAAAUAACAGCAUUAAAAAGUGAACUUGUACGACGUGAAGAUGAAUUAAAUGAAUUAAAACAAUAUAAACAAUUUCUUGAUCAAAUUACACCAUCAGAAUGGAAAGACGAACGUCGUAAAAAACUCGAACAAGAACGUCUAUUACGUCAAAAACUUGAUGUACAAUCAGCUGUAUCUGAUGAUUCAGCAAGUAAAGCAGGUAGUCGUCCACAAAGUCGUGUUGUUGAUCCUAAAACUGGUAAACGUGGUGGUCCAUUAACACAAAAAGGUUUUACUAAUGUUGGUGGUAGUCGACGUCGUUCAUCAACUUCUUCUCAUGAUGUAGAAUUAGCUGUUAGACAAGGAAGUGAAAUGGAUAUACAUAAAAUAUCACCAUCUGAAAUGAAUAUAAAUGAUUUAGAUAAUGAUUUUGAAUUAUAUUUUACUGAUCCACAACAAUUAUUAGCAAUAUUUACUGAACUUGAAGAACAAAAUUUAUCAUUAAUACAAAAUAGUCAAGAUCAUGAAGAACAAUUAGAAGAAAUAACACGAGAAUUACAAAUAACAAUGAGAAAAAAAAAUCUUGAAACUGAAUCUUUACAACGACAAGUUAAUCAUUUAGAACAAGCAAUUGAAUUAGAAGAACAAAAAGAAAAAGAAUUAAUGGCAAAAGUUGGUGCUCAUUCAUUAUUUAAUGAAGAUGGUAAACAAGAUGAAUAUCUUGCUCAAUUAUCAGCAGUUAUAAGUGAUGUUUAUAAAAAAAUUUUUAAUGAAAAUCCUGUUACAAGUGAUCCAUUAAAAAAUCUUGCAUCAAUUGAAAAUCGUCUUGAAGAAUUAUUUCAAGAACUUCAACUUAUGGAUCCAUUACGUUUACAAGAAGCUGAAAAAGGUAAAGAAAAAGAACGACGUAUUCGUUUACGUGAACAAAAGAAACAUGAAGAAGAACGUGCUGCUGAAGAAAAGAAACGUAAAGCUGCAUUACGAGCUAAAGAACCACCUAAGAAACAUGUUGGUCGUCCAAUAGCUGAACGAUCAAGACCACCUGAAUUAAAAAAAACCGAUCAAGAUACAAUCAACAAAACAAACGAAGAAGAAGAAGAACUUGCUUAUUAUUUUACUUAA